AUGGAUGAACACAGCAUAUCAAAUUAUUUAAAUAAUAUGUCAGAUUGGUCUGGCGAUGACACGGACGACGAUGCCGAUUUUAGUUUAGUGAAUGACGAAGAUGAUUCCAUUCCAAACACAGAUGAAGUUGCAUCGAUUACCAUACAAAAUAAUAAUCAAAAUUUAGAACCAGUUUGGAAUGAUGUAGAUGAUGCUUUUCAGCCUCGUGUUUUAUUCAAUCAAACAAAUGAAACAGUUGGCAUCAACCCAGACAUUAUUGACUGUUUAUCUAAAGGUACACCUUUUGAUUUUUACUCAUUAUUUUUGGAUGAUGAAAUUAUCCAGUUAUUGGUUGAAGAGACAAACCGAUAUGCUGCAGAAUUACUAAAAUCUGUAGUUAGUCCUCAUUCACGCCUAAAACAAUGGGAAAACGUUACUCCCACUGAGAUGAAAAAAUUCUUAGGAAUUAUUAUGUGGAUGGGAUUAUGUCCUAAACCUUCCAUAGCUUCCUACUGGAAAACAAAUAAUAUUAUUUAUAUAUCCAACAUACCUAAAUUUAUGAAACGAAAACGUUUUGAACUUCUUUUACGAACAUUCCACUGCUCUAAUAAUGCACUUUGUCCCUCAGGAGACCGUUUAUUUAAAGUAAAUAAAUUACUUGAUUUGCUUUUAUCAAAAUUUAAAAUGGCACGAGCUCCAAAACAGUCUAUGUGUAUUGACGAGUCAAUGAUUCCAUUUACAGGACGUCUUUCAUUUAAACAGUAUAUUCAAAACAAAACACACAAAUAUGGAAUAAAAUUAUUUAAACUGUGCAUUGACAAUUUUUACACGGUUGGUAUUAAAAUUUAUGCUGGAAAGGAGGCUACUGUUGGUCAGAGAGUGUCAACCAAAGUAGUAAUGGAGAUGGCAGAAGAUUAUCUUGACUUAGGUAGAACAAUGUUUACUGAUAAUUGGUAUAGUAGCUACGAUUUGGCAAGUGAACUCUUAAACAGAUCUACUAAUUUAGUCGGCACUCUACGUUCUAAUAGAAAAAAUAAUCCUAAAGAAGUGGUCAAUAAGAAAUUUAAAAAAGGAGAGGUAAUUGCGAAACAAUGUAAUAAAGGCAUAACUGUUUUGAAAUGGAAGGACAAGCGUGAGGUUUUAAUGAUAUCAACAAAACACUCAGAUGCUCAAUCUACGAUAAUUAAUAAACGAGGAAAAGAAGUAAUAAAACCUCAAGUUAUUAUAGAUUAUAAUAAAGGCAAAGGGUUAGUUGAUGCAACUGAUCUUAGAAAUUCUUAUCACAACCCUCUUCGUAAAACUGUAAAAUGGUAUAAAAAAGUUGUUUUUGAAUUACUUUUGAACACAUCAGUUCUCAAUGCGUUAUCAUUAUACGAAGAAAUACGCCAAGAGAAAAUGGAUAUAACUGUGUUUAGAGAAAUGCUGGUUAUAAGUUUACUAAAGUCAGAUGAGAUGACUUUGUUUGGAAAUAUUCAAACUGCAAAAUAUCAUGAAUUGGAAAAAGUUAAAUCAAGAGGACGUUGUUUUGCUUGCUAUAAAGAAAUGAUGCUUCAAGGUGGACGCGAUCAUGCUCAAAAGAUAACGAGACAAGUAACAACAAAAUGUAACGUUUGCAUUAAAUUUUUUUGUAUGCCUUGUUUUUUCAAUGAGCAUAAUGCUGUUAAAAAGUAA